AUGUCUUCUUCCACCAGCGGAGCGAACCUUGUUAGGUACUUCUUCUAUGUCGGUAACACCAUUUCGAAGCAAAGAAAGCAGUCUCUCGUUGCGUUGGCAUAUGCAACGGCACUCGACAGGGCCGACAUCCAUGACACGACCACACUCAACGGCAGGCGUGUGAAGGACCCGAACGGUUGGCACGGUACUUUCGCUUUCAAAGACAACGACCAAGUUCAUCGAGAGUUCCACGUAGCCACCCAUGGUUACACGAACGGAAAAGAGGAUUUCACUCUCAAAGGGGCGUCGCAUUCUUCUGAAAAGAAAGACUCGAGCAUGAGGCGGGGAGGCAAGGUCGUCUGGCCGGAGGAAGACGAAUUGGAAGAGUACGAGGACAGCCCGAUUGCAUAUUCUCACUUGCCGUGA